UUCUGCCUGAUAAAAUACACAUUUUUAAGAGUUGAAAGGGUGACAUUUGAGGUUACUAAGUUACUUCCAUUCUCGUAGGUGCCUAAAGUAGUUUCCCAUUCGCACAUUAACAGGCAACCAUCAGGAAUUGUCUUUAUCGCCUCUCCGACCUUAAAAAAAACCUCCCCUUCAUCACUGUAUUGAUUUAUGUAGACACGCAGCUGCGGCUCUAUAAAUACAGCGGGGCAGCAGUCCACUGCAUCUCCCCACACUCACCGCAUUCUCACACUCGACAUCUGGUCAGGACGCACCGACAGACGCACCAUCUCCGCAGAGCACGCACACCGGGGCUACACAAUGGAUGUCAUCGGGGCUCCAUCCCGCAGGAGAAUGCUCGAGACUCGGAGCAACCGCUCAUCCCCACCCGCCAGCCUAAGAUCACACUCCUGGUCUCAGAGAAAUCCGGGGUGCAUGUCCAUCUCCUACAAAAGAACUACCAAGAUGCCAGCAAGCAGGGCGUACACGACCGCGCCAGACAGUCUGGAACUCUCAUCCGCAUUCAAUGGUGACCACAUGUGCAACAACGAGAAGGAACAACUUCAAGGGUUGAAUGACCGAUUCUCCAGUUAUAUCGAUAAAGUCCGGUAUCUGGAAGAACAAAACAACCUGCUGGAGACUGAAAUCCAAGAACUCCGGCAGAAAAAGUUCACGCAGUCGCAACUUAGUGAUGCUUUCGACCAAGAGCUCGGCGAACUCCGCUCCGCGCUCGAGCAACUGCAUAGAGAGAAAGUGCAGAUUAUUAUUGAUGCCGAUAACGUCGAAGACGACAUCCACCGUCUCAAAAACCGCUACGAGGAUGAAGCCCGCUUUAGAGAAAAAAUCGAGAUGUCAAUCCGGGAAAUGAAGAAGGAAAAAGAUGACUCGGAUCUGAUGAAAUUGGAUUUGGAGAACAAAGUUCAGUCCCUCCUGGAUGAGGCAGACUUCCUGCGCAGUAACCACGAACAAGAGGUCAACGACCUCCUCGCGCAGCUCCAAGAGGCUCAAGUCCCGGUAGACAUGCGGGAAUACAGUAAAACGGACAUCACCUCUGCGCUCCGAGAAAUACGCGAGCAGCUGAACGGUCUCUCACCCCAAAACUUUCUUCAGGCGGAAGAGGUGUUCCAGUGUCGCUACGCCAAACUCACGGACGCUGCAGACCAGAAUAAGGACGCGAUCAAAUCUGUCCGCGAUGAGAUCGCAGAUUAUCGCCGGCAGCUGCAGGUGAAGAACGUGGAACUGGAGACUCUCCGCGGCACCAAAGAGUCCCUGGAGAGACAGCUGACUUACAUCGAAGACCGGCAUAACAACGACUUGGGCAGCUACCAGGAGAUGAUUCAUCAGCUGGAGCGGGAGCUGAAGGGCAUGAAGGGUGAGAUGGGUCACCACCUCAGGGAAUACCAGGACCUGCUCAACGCCAAGAUGGCCCUAGACGCUGAGAUCGCAGCCUACAGAAAACUCCUGGAGGGGGAGGAGACUCGCUUCAGGCCAUUUGCUGACUCUUUCCCAAGCCCCGCCUUCCCAUACUGUCAGCCAAUGACCUCCUCUAAAGGGAAGAAGGAAGACAAGAAGGCGGACCUGAACGAUGACCUGGCUGCUGUAGUGGAGGAACUCCAGAAGGAGGAGGAGGCCGUGGAGGAAGAGGUGGCUGUCUCCAAGCGACCCAAACUGAGCGCUACUCCCCCUACAGGAGAGGAGGAGGAGGGUGGAGAAGAGGGAGAUGAAGAGGGUGAGGGAGAGGAAGAAGAGUCUGCUAUUGGGGAAACACAACUGAGCAGUACCAAAGCUCAAAAGGCUGGUGCUGAAGAAGAGGAGGAGGAAGAUGAAGCACAGGAGUCAGGAGAGAAAGACAAAAAGAGUGACUCAGAGGGAGAGGAAGGAGAACAGGCAGGUGACAAGAAAGAGGUGAAGGAGGCAGCAGCACCUGAUCAGAAGCAGGAGGAUCAGGUGGAGGAGCUGAGGAGUCCCCCAAAGACUCCUGGCAGCCCCAAAGGGGAGGAGCAGAAGAGUCCUCCCAAGUCUCCUGGCAGCCCCAAAGAGGAGGAGCAAAAGAGUCCUCCCAAGUCUCCUGGCAGCCCCAAAGAGGAGGAGCAGAAGAGUCCCCCCAAGUCUCCAGGCAGCCCAAAAGAGGAGGAGCAGAAGAGUUCUCCUAAGUCUCCUGGUAGCCCCAAAGAGGAGCAGGACAAGGAGCUGAAGAGUCCCCUCAAGGCUCCCAUCAGCCCCAAAGAGGAGGAGCAGAAGAGUCCUCCCAAGUCUCCUGGCAGCCCCAAAGAGGAGGAGCAGAAGAGUCCCCCCAAGACUCCUGGCAGCCCCAAAGAGGAAGAGCAGAAGAGUCCCCCCAAGACACCUAGCAGCCCCAAAGAGGAGCAGGACAAGGAGCUGAAGAGUCCCCUCAAGGCUCCCGUCAGCCCCAAAGAGGAGGAGCAGAAGAGUCCUCCCAAGUCUCCUGGCAGCCCCAAAGAGGAGGAGCAGAAGAGUCCCCCCAAGACUCCUGGCAGCCCCAAAGAGGAGGAGCAGAAGAGUCCCCCCAAGACACCUAGCAGCCCCAAAGAGGAGGUGAAGGAGAAGGAGCUGAAGAGUCCCCCUAAGUCUCCUGGCAGCCCCAAAGAGGAGGAGCAGAAGAGUCCCCCCAAGACUGCUGGCAGCCCCAAAGAGGAGGAGCAGAUGAGUCCCCCCAAGACACCUAGCAGCCCCAAAGAGGAGGAGGUCCUCACCCGCACUGAAGAAACCAUCAGCAAUGAAGACCAGGUGGCGGCCAAGCCUGCCAAGAAGAGCAAGCCAGCAGAGGAGGUCAAAGACUCCAAAACCACCCCCAAAAAAGCAGGAAAGACAUCUGCCCCAGCCGCUAAAGAAGUGAAGGAGAAGUAAACUCAGAGCAGGGCGAGAGUAGACAAAGAGUCAAAACCACUAAGACAAGCUCCACAGCAAGAGACUAUAACUGCAUGUAAUGCUGAGGAUGGUGAGGGAGAUUUGGGCAGUGUCAGGGACAGGAGCUAUAUGAGCGCUAAUAUGAAGCCAGAGGCACAUUCAAUUUAGUGAUAAAUCUCAAAGGCGCAAACUCUCCGUCAAGUCCCAAAGGUGCGACUCCCUCAAACGUGUCGGUGACCUCUGGUCUGCUCUGACCCCACUGACCUGCCGGCUGUGCUAUGCUGCAGACGCUUCCCGCCUUAAUCGCGCCGCAAGCCCGGUGCGCUCAGCUGUGAAACAUACAAACACAAACACAAACACUGCUGUUUACAACUCCAGAGCAAUAUGGAAAACCCAUUGCCUUAAUAAAGCAAUACAGAUCUUCCAAG